AUGGCCAAAGUUAUUCUAUCCAUCAACGCCGGCUCAUCGUCCGUCAAAGUCUCGGUCUUCAAGGGAACUUCCAAGGAUGCCGAACCAUCUCAGCUUGCCGAAGUGUCAGUAGCUGGAUUGACUGCACCUCCUUCAACACUCACAUACAAACGUGGAGACCACAAAGUCAAGGAUCAGAAGAUUGAAGGUGUCAGUACCCAAGAAGAUGCUUUCAAGUACAUCCUUGAGCACCUCUUGAACGAUGAUGGUCUGCCCGAACUCAAGAACAAGGAGGAUAUCGAAUUCGCAUGCCAUAGAGUAGUUCAUGGAGGAGACUUCGACAAGCCUACAAGAAUUGACAGGGAGACCUACCAUCAUAUCGAGGAACUUUCUGAUCUUGCACCUCUCCAUAACGCAGGUGCCUUGACCAUCGUCAAAGCUGUUCAUGAGCAAUUGCCAUCAGCAACCAAUAUUGCCUUCUUCGAUUCAGCAUUCCACUCUUCUCACAUCCGAACAUAUCCAAUUGACCAAAAGCGAGCAAAGCACAACAAGCUCCGCAAGUAUGGCUUUCACGGUCUCUCAUACGCCUUCAUCACCAGAUCAGUGGCAGAGUCUCUGAACAAGCCCGUCGACUCUCUCAACAUCAUUGCUCUUCACCUUGGUAGCGGUGCCUCUGCAUGUUCCAUCGUCAACGGAAAGUCCUUCGACACUACCAUGGGCUUGACUCCGCUGGCUGGUCUUCCAGGCGCAACCAGAUCAGGCUCUGUCGACCCCAGUCUAAUCUUCCAUUUCACGCACACAGCCGGAAAGCCCAGUCGCAGCAGCACUAAAGAUUUGCACAUUACUGAGGCUGAAGAGAUUCUCAACAANAAGAGCGGCUGGAACGCCAUUGCUGGUACCACUGACUUUGGUGUCAUCAGCUCAAAAGCAGAGCAAGGUGACAAGGACUGCCAACUCGCCUUUGACCUGUUUGUCGACAAGAUCUUGAAUUUUGUUGGUGGCUACUAUGUCAAGAUGGGAGGCAAGCUCGAUGCUCUGGUCUUUGCUGGUGGUAUCGGAGAGAAGGGAAGCCAGCUGCGUGCUCGCGUGGUCGAGCAAUUGGGCUGUCUUGGUUUCGAACUUGAUCAGGAGAAGAACAAGAAACCUGAUGAUAAGNNGGAAGUGGUGGACAUCACGAAAUCUGGAUCCAAGCACAGAGUUCUCAUCUGCCAAACAGACGAACAGACUGAGAUGGCAAGGCAGUGUGUUCAAGGUGCGGAUGACUUCCGAAAGAAGGCCUAA